UUCAAUGAUGAAUAUUAUGACGUUGGGGAAUGUUUGUUAAUGACAUCGGAUGUGCAUCAGAAGAGGGCUUAUCAGACCGCGAUCAUGGAGGUUCUAGAGGAGUGUAGUCAGAAGAGGUACUGUAUCCUGGAGAGUGACACGAGUUCCUCUAUCUAUGGUCUGAAGGACCUCCCAGUAGGAGUGAGAAAGAAACGCCCGUCACAUCUGGCUGUAUUGCAUCAGUGUGUUAAAGAGCAAGUUGCCAGUGUCAUGUUGUGUGACAACAAGACCGAAACAGGCAAGGAGGUCUACAUCAGCAGCAACCGACUGAUGAUGACAUCUCUGGUAACAAGCACCUGCACCUGUACAGUCAGUGGAGCUGCGAGCCGCGUCACCCUGCUGGACGUCAGACUGGGCAACAGCCACGUGACCACACUGUCCAUCAGGGACAAGACACGUACAGUGUACACAAUCCAUGGUGGCGACCUGGCAGUCCACUUCAUGGAGGAGAUUAACAUCAGCCAAUCAGAGUGGAGUUUACAGGUGGAUGUUAUCCGAGACUAUCUCCCUGACAAGAUAUGGAUGAGAGUGGAAGGACACAACGGAUCUGACGUCACAGUCGCGUGUACAGAAGCAGCUUCAAACACCGAUAGGACGCAAUCAGUGGCACCAGGUAACGCCGUUCUUGAAUAA